CUCGUGGCGAAUGGUGCUCUCAAAAUUUGAAUUAGGGUAUCGCACGUUUCGGUUGGCUAAGUCGCUUAUGGUUAAUUCUCAUGCUAUACCUCGCCAGGCACGCGAUGCGUGGGAUCGUCGCUCGCUUUAGGCAGGUAGUGGUUGCGGCCGGGGUCGACUAUCUCAAACGAUGACGAUCAUCGUGGCACAUGUUUGGCACGAUAGGUUGCGUGCCGAAAGACGACCAACCCAACAUCCGAUCAAGGAACAUGGCUCUAAGUGGAAGUAGACAACUAAAGGAGAGAGCUUCAAGAUAAAUAGAAGCCUCCGUCUCCAACAAUAUCUCCUUCUCAUCAAGCAACUCAGCUCUUCAGUCUUUACAACUACAUUCACUCAGCACCACUCUUUACAACUUCAUUCUUUAAGUUCUCCAACUUACAACAAUCUUUCUUCAAAAUGCGAUCUGCUACUCUUCUCGCUCUUCUCCCCUUUGCGCUGGCCGCUCCCUCCCGCCGGGCCGAGCCCGCUCCCAUUCUUCGCCCUCGCGGUGUCAAGCUUGUCGAUGGCAAGUACAUCGUCAAGAUGAAGAAUGGCUUCCAGGCUUCUUCCAUCGAGAGCUGGGUUGACAAGAUGAUCGAGUCCAUCGAGGCUGAUGCCGAUUACACCUAUUCCAAGGGCUUCGGCGGUUUCGCUGCCAGCCUCAAGGAUGAUGAGCUGAACAAGCUCAAGCAUGACCCCAAUGUCGAGUACAUUGAGCAGGAUGCUUACAUUAGCAUCACGGCUACUACUCAGCAGAGCAAUGCUCCUUGGGGUAUUGCUCGUGUCUCCAGCCAGAGCCCUGGGGGCAGCACUUACACCUACGACGACAGCGCCGGUGAGGGCACUUGCGCCUAUGUCAUCGACACCGGCAUUGAUGUCGACCAUCCCGACUUCGAUGGUCGCGCCAAGUUCCUCAAGAACUUCGCUGGUGGUUCCGACAGCGACGGUCAAGGCCACGGCACUCACGUUGCUGGCACCAUUGGUUCUACCACCUACGGUGUAGCCAAGAAGACCAGCCUCUUCGCUGUCAAGGUCCUCGGCGACGAUGGCUCUGGUACCAACUCUGCUGUCAUCGCUGGCAUGGACUUCGUUUCCGGUCACGCCAAGGAUGAGAACUGCCCCAAGGGUGUCGUUGUCAACAUGUCUCUCGGUGGUGAGACAUCCGAUGCCGUCAACCAGGCUGCCAAGGCCAUCGUCGAUGCCGGUCUCUUCCUCGCUGUCGCAGCCGGUAACGACGGCAAGGAUGCUUCUGGAUCCUCUCCUGCUUCCGAGGAGAGCGCUUGCACUGUCGGUGCCACCACUCGCGAUGACACUCUCGCCGACUACUCAAACUUCGGCUCUGUCGUUGACGUCCUCGCUCCCGGUACCGAUAUCCUCAGCACCUGGCCCAACGGCAAGACCAACACCAUCUCCGGUACCUCUAUGGCUUCGCCCCAUGUCGCUGGUCUUGCCGCUUACUUCCUCGGUCUGGGGCAGAAGGCUGAGGGUCUCUGCGAUUACAUUGCCUCCAAGGCCCUUGAUGGAGUUAUUUCCAACGUGCCUUCCGGUACUGUCAACAAGCUUAUCAACAACGGUGUCGGUGGCAGCAACAGCAGCAGCAUCCGCCACUAAAUGUAGGCCAGCGGCCUUUCUCUUCUGAGUCCGAUAUUUGAUCCGAAUCUCGGUGAGAUGGAUACAUAUUUCUUUUCUGUACCUAGUAUGAGGUAGUUUCCUAGCUGUAUGACUUGAAGCAUUGAAUAAUAAAAGCAUUUUUUU